UUAUUAUAUCGCCGUUAUCAACGCAGAUAUCGUUCUGUGGCAGCUCCUCCUAAACUGACUCAUCACUUGCAACGAUUACUCGUUUACCUACGGUAGUAUAAAAUGGCGACUUUAUCCUCUCGUAGUAUGACGAAAUCCACACGUCUCGUUGAAAAAUUUUGCGCAACCGAAAUCGACCGCGAUCUGAAGAAAACUUUGAUAGAACUUUGGUCGCGAAACACAGACGACAAACAUAUCUUUCCGGUAUUCGCAAAAUGGUUGGUCAAAACUGUCGAUAUUUGGGGCACCCCAGGUGUCACCCCUGGGACCCAUUCCAUCUCUUUCGCUCUAAACUUGGCCUCUCUUUUGUGCAAAAACGAAGACAAAUUCAACGGACUCAACAGCCACAACUUUUUCCUUAAAUUGAUCAAAGCAACUAAAGCUAGAGAGUCGAAAGUAACAAAAAUCAAAAUGGCGUACGUUAGAUUGUUGGGUGCUUUUUUGGAUCACGAAGCCGGGAUUUUAUGGAUGACGGGGAGCAAUCUAUGGGAAGAUGUUCUUAGUUUGUGUUUGGCGAGUCGUGAUGAUGUCAUCGUGGACAAGUGCAGUCGUUUCGUGAGGAAAAUGUUGGAGAGGACUUUGGUGCACGACGAAAAUUUCUGUGGGGGCGUUAUCAACAAGAUCAUGUUUCCGUUGGGGGAAAACAUCUACAGUUGUAUUAAGGGUUCAGAGGAUGUGAGCGACGACGUAGCCACCGAGCGUCUUCAACCCACGCUGAAACUGACGGCGAAGGUUUUAGAGGAGUUGCUGAAAGGGGUCCAGCUUGAGGGAAAAGACUACGGUUUGCUUUUCCUCUUCUUGAAAAAUUUUCACAUGGAAGGUCGCAUCUGCGACUUCAUGAUGAUAGCUCAAAAGAGGCCUCUUCUCUUCGACUUGAGUAAGAUUGUCUUCAUUAUGCAGUUCUUGGAAUUGUACGCAGAAGUAAUUACCAACACUACCACCAUGGCAAAAGUGGCCGCCUCGAUUGCCAAAAUUCGAAGCAAUUUUUUGCAAAACUUCCUCAAGGCAAGCGUUCCGGAGACAAUAGAAUUCAUCAGUUUCGGCCUGUUGUACUGGAAUUUAGUUGAAACGAAAUUACCUUCCUUUGACAACGACAACGCACCACUUUCCAAAUACUUGACAGUUUCAAUGUUCAUGCCAAACUUAUGCUUUGUGAUAAAGUAUCUGACGAAGAGGUCAGAUUUAGAAGAGGAACUUGUCAACGACAACAUUCGGGCGAACUUUUUUGGACAGAUGAUGAAAACGGCUCCUUGUGAUGUGAAAAAAAUAUUUGGAACAUGGCAUCAACGAAUUAGCGACGUUGACAGCGUUGACGAGAUAUGUAAACGCUGUUGUGAUGUCAUUAAGAAUUCGAGAAAUCUAUUCUCUAGGAAUCAAGCUGCGAUAGUUUUUCGAUUUCUGAUCUACUUUUUGAGCGACAUUGUCCGUAUAACCACAGAAAAUCCAGCGAAGGUCGACUUCGUGGUUAACCAAGCUUCAUACGUUGGAGAAACAUUUAAGCUUGUUGGUGUUUUAAUUGACGAUUUUGACUUUGUGUUGAAAGACGGUUUUGAAGUUACGUACGUGAUGGGUCUGUGUUUUGACUUUCUGGGUAUAACGGAGUGGUCUUCUGAGGUCGUGGUUGAAGUAAUGAAGUUGGCCAAUAUUGCAACCGCUCAUUACAUGGCUCCCAAUAUGGCUUUGUUGGUUGAGGAGACUCCAGAUUUGACGAUAAACCGUCUGGGGCCUUUAUUGUGUUCAAAGACACGUCACGAUUGUGCUGAAGUGCGUAAAGCCGCUUUAGAAGUGGUGUGCACAUCUGCUGCCAUCUCUAGCAACAGUAAGUAUGCGUCUGGCGCGUUUUUCAUACACCUGUUAUCACUUUUAUGCUCAGAUAAACUUAAUGCCUCGACGGGAGAUAAAAAUAAUCAGUUUUAG